AAGUGUUGACACUCUUGAUGCAGACAAGAGAAGUGUUGACGCUCUUGAGGUAGAGAGCGACGAGGAGGAAGAGUACCAGAUAUACCUGAGGUGAACUACUACAACAUGGAAGAUGUUGCAUCGAGACACGUCGUCCCUGUUGCUGACCUGGAGACCACCAUCAGGAACAUGGACGACAACUCAGAAAUGGUUGAGGAAGAAUUUAAGCGUUUACCCGAUGGAUUCGUGCAUCCGUGUGAAGAGUCCAGAAAGCCUGAAAAUACGAAAAAGAACCGAUUUAAAGGAUAUUACCCAUAUGACCAUAACCGGGUGAUGCUGCAGGAUGACCGUGAUGGCCGUAGGGGAGACUACAUCAACGCCAGCUUCCUGGACGGCUACAAGAAAGAACGGUAUUACAUAGCAGCUCAAGGUCCUUACAAACCCAACAUCGUCGAUGACUUCUGGAGGAUGAUCUGGCAGGAGGGUGUUAAGGUGGUUGUGAUGGUGACCAGCUUAGUCGAAGGUGGAAGGAUGAAGUGUUUACAAUACUGGCCGGAGGAAGGAACACAAGAGUAUGGCGGCAUUACGGUUACCAUGGAAACAGUGAACGAACUGUCGGACUUCACGAUCAGGAAGUUGACAGCCUCUAAACAGAAGAAAUCCAUGAAUCGACAGAUCUACCACUUCAACUUCACCUCAUGGCCUGAUCAUGGCGUACCCAAUGCGUUUUCUCUGCUGGAAUUCAUGUGGCGAGUCAAAGGCAUCUGUGGCCGACCCGCCGAACCCAUCAUAGUGCACUGCAGUGCUGGAAUAGGAAGAACAGGCACAUACAUAGCUAUAGAGAGUCUUCUGGAUCAGGCAGCGGCUGAAGACGCUGUGGACGUCGUCAGCUUCGUCUCCAACAUGAGAGGGCAGAGGAAGGGCAUGAUACAAACUUCGGACCAGUACGGGUUUGUGUACCGGGCGGUGACUUCAGCUGUGGUGACUGGCGAUACGUCAGUGGAUGGGGAUACGAUCAGGAACAUCGACCUGAUCAACCUUGGCACCGUGGCCCUGGGGAACAGAACUGUUGAGGAACAUCUACAGGCUUUGGAGUCUGUUCCAGUCAAAACCAAGAAGAAGCGGACAGUACUGAUGCCAUCCUACAGGUGCAGGUAUGGUUUCUUCCUCCUGGUGGCAGAUGAGGACAAGGAGAAUCUAUGGGCUCACGUCUGUAAUAGCAACAGCUGCACUGUUAUCACACUCGGAAAAUCCUCUAAGGGUUGUAUGCCGACUGGAAACGAUCCAAUUGCCACUGCCAGGCAGACGGCCACGCUUAAGAGCUCUAACAUCAUAGCGGACGACAUCAAACUUGACUCAAUAAACAGCAGUUUGAAGGACGGUUCAGGUUUUGAAGUACGACACUAUCGCCUGAAAACCGGUGUCAACAGUCCUAACGUGGGUGUCAUGAUUGAAAGCUUACUUCAGUGGACAUCUGACCCAAAUCGACGGCGAUGCACCAUCAUUUCCAACUCCAUGAGCGAGUCGCGUCUGCUGGUCCUACUGAUGAACAUCGCCAGCAGACUGCAGGACGACGGCAGAGUGGACGUCAUCAGCAACAUGCGACGUCUCUACCGGGAAGUAGGACAAACCUUCUUUACGGAGGCCGACGUCAAAUGUGCUCUGAAAUUCGCCCAACUUCAGAUUGAGAACCUUGGAAUAUACGCCAAUCUCUAGCCUAAUGAAACUGCGACACGGGUAGAUCCAGAAUAUCAGCUGCUUCUGCUAUAUUGCGGUUCAGUAUUAAUACUUAUACAGUUAAUCUUACCUUGCAUGUAGUUGUUUUGGUCAAUCACUUUUUCAUCUCGUAUACAACCGAAAAUAUGCUGUCAUGACACGAUAUGUUUUUAUAAAGUGCAUUGAAAAUCGAACUUUGGAUUGGUUAAGGAACGGGCACAUAUUUUCAAUGUGGCCCGCAUGUCAAGCCUGUUUAUGUAAAGGGAAAUAACUCAGUCCAUUUAGUUGUUCGCUUCGAGAUUGCCUAUUCAGUGAAACCUAUAUUCUGAAUGAAUGGAGCAAUGCGUGUCCGUGAGAUAUAGUCGUUGUUUACAGAUACUGUACGUAUAUGGUGUGGUGGACCUUGUGUGUGAAUCUGUAUACAACCUAUAGGCCCACAGAGCCGGGUUCGAAUUGGUCUUUAGCAACCCAUGCUUGCUGUAAGAGGAGACUAACAGGAUUUGGUGGUCGGACUUGGUUGACCCAUGUCAUCGGUUCCCAAUUGGGUAGAUCGAUGUUCAUGCUGUUGGUCACGGGAUUUGGUGGUCGGACUCGCUGACCCAUUUGGGUGGAUCGAUGCUGCUUGGUCACUAGAUUGUCUUGUCCAGACUCAAUUAUUUACAGCCCGCCGUAAUAUAGCUGGAAUAUUGCUGAGUGCGGCGUUAAACAACGAACAAACAAACCAUACAUGUAGCCCCACAGACACGGUACAUAUCAUCAUAUGGCUCCUACAACUUACAGUUCCGUGAUUCGAUCCCAUCUAGUGUAUAUGAAGUAAGAUUACC